CAUUGGCUGUCACCGUGUCUAGACCAUCUCCUCCUCCAUUGUCUUGUUCACAUGUCUAUCAAGAAUUAACUUUUUCCUCUCUUCGAUUUUUUGAUCAAUCAUAAUAAUUUUGUUCAAAAGAUGGUUAAAUUUGAUUUGGUUAUCAUUGUUUGCAAAUGAUGUUUUGCAUUGUCAAGUUUCCAAUCGUUUCAUAAAAGGUAGAGGAGGAUGAAGCGUGGGAAAGGCGAGAAAAAAGAAAAGAAGAGCCGAGAUGGCAGUGGUCAAGUAGUUCCACUCACUGAGCCGGUGGUUAUUCCUAUGGCUACGGUUGCAACAAGAUCAUGGAUAGGAGGGCUUUUCACACGCUCCAGUAGACGUCAAGACAAGUCAAUCGACUACACUUUGUCUCCUCUUCAGGAGGAAAGACUUCAAAGGCUGCAAGAUCGUUUGCUUGUACCUUUUGACGAGACAUGUCCUGACCAUCAGGAAUCACUUAAAGCAUUGUGGAAUGUCGCAUUUCCGAAUGUUAAUCUCACAGGUUUAGUAACAGAACAAUGGAAAGAAAUGGGAUGGCAAGGUCCCAAUCCAUCUACCGAUUUCAGGGGUUGUGGAUUUAUUGGUCUAGAGAAUUUGCUAUUUUCUGCAAGAGUUUAUCCGGUUUGUUUCCGGAGGCUAUUAUUGAAACAAAGAGGCGACCGAGCACAGUGGGAGUACCCUUUUGCUGUGGCCGGAAUCAACAUCUCCUUCAUGCUUAUCCAAAUGCUCGAUUUACAAAACGCUCCAAAGCCGAAAUGUAUUCCAGGAAUGAAUUUUCUCAAACUAUUAGAAGAAGACGAGAAUGCAUUCGAUGUACUAUAUUGUAUAGCUUUCGCAAUGAUGGAUGCUCAAUGGCUCGCGAUGCACGCUUCUUACAUGGAAUUCAAUGAAGUAUUACAGGCGACUAGGAAUCAGCUAGAGAGAGAGCUUUCUUUGGACGAUAUUCAUCGGAUUCAAGAUCUUCCUGCUUACAAUCUCUUGUUCCAGUAGAAUCUCAUUUAUGUAGUUUUAUUUCGAUUUUCUUAUGCUGUACAUUAACUGAAUUUAUGAACGAAAAGAAAUGAUAAUAACUGAAGUAAAAAAA